CGUUCGGAUCUCCUUCAACUGGGUCCAACGGUUUUUUAAAAAGCUAACGUUCGGAUCUCCUUCAACUGUUUCUAACGGGUUUUUAAGCUACAGUGACCAGAACCGUUCCUUCCUUUCACAUCUGACCGGGGAUUUGGGGUGGUGGUGGUGGUGGCGGGGGACACAGUUGGAUUUGUGGAUGAGAACCGGCCACCGGGCCGGAUUCCGUACGGAGGGACGCCGGCCGGAGCGGAGGAGGCGGAGGGAGCAGCAGCAGCAGCAGCAGCAGCAGCGGCGGCUGCGGGGAACCGAUCUGACAACCUCAUCCCCGGCGGGAGAGAAGCAGAGAGGCGGCCAGAGGAGGAUGUGAAGAUGGGUUUAAUGUUCGGUCUCCUGUGGCUGUUCACCGGCUUCCUGCAGGGCGUGCACGGCCAGGGCGUGUACGCACCCCCUACGGUGCGGAUUGUGCACUCGGGUCAGGCCUGUAACGUGGAGGAGGAGCGCUACAGUGAGCGAGUUUACACCAUCAGAGAGGGAGAGACUCUGGAGCUGCAGUGUCUGGUGACAGGACACCCCCGCCCUCAGAUCCGGUGGACUAAGACAGCAGGGGGGGCCUCUGACUCCCCCCUGCCCAGCGGGACUCUGAAGAUCAGCAACAUCAGCCGCCACCAGGGGGGGCGCUACUACUGCAAGGCUGAGAACGGGCUGGGAGCCCCCGCCAUACGGUCCAUACGGGUAGACGUCUACUACCUGGAUGACCCAGUGAUAACGGUCCACCAGAGUGUGGGUGAAUCUAAGGAGCAGUUCUACUUUGAGCGUACGGUGUUCCUGCGCUGCGUGGCCAACUCCAACCCUCCGGUCCACUACAGCUGGCGGCGAGGCCGCGAGGCGCUGACGCAGGGCUCAGACGCCGGCGUGGAGAUCUACGAACCCUUCUUCACACAGAUGAGCCAGUCUCGUUGGUGGGAGCAGGAGAUCCCCAUGGAGGGAAGCAUCCAGAAGGGUGAGCUGCUGACCUACAACCUGACCGAACUGGUCAAACCCGAGUCUGGGAGACACCUGGUCCGCCACCAUCACCUACAGAGAGUUCUUGUCUUGUGUCCCUCCACAGCUCCUGUUAAUCCACAUCUCAGGGAGUUCCAGUGUGGCUUCGAGGACGAGGCGUUGUGUUUGUUCUCUCAGGACAAGACGGACGACUUUGAGUGGACGCGUCACAGCGCCGCCACGCGAGACACCAAAUACACCCCCAACACAGGACCAAGCACCGACCGGACCGGCUCCAAACAGGGUUUCUACAUGUACAUCGAGACGUCGAGGCCUCGGCUGGAGGGAGACAAGGCCCGGCUGCUGUCGCCCACCUUCAACACCAACUCCAAGACCUCCUCGUCUUCAUCGGUCACCUACUGCUUCUCCUUCUACUACCACAUGUACGGGAAGCACAUCGGAUCUCUGCACGUCUUGCUGCGUCAGAAAGGUCAGACGGUGACGGAGACCUCAGUCUGGACUCUGGUCGGGAACCAAGGAGACCGCUGGCGGCAAGCCAAGGUCAACAUCCACCCGGCCGCAGCCUUCCAGAUUGUGAUGGAGGGAGUCCGAGGCGCCGGCAUCGAGGGAGAUAUCGCCAUCGAUGAUGUCACCAUCGAGGAGGGCGAAUGCAAAGACCCGCCCCCCAACAAUCUAAGGUCGCUUGCCCCGCCCUCGUCGCCCCAUAUAUGGCAGCUGAGCGUCACUCUGAGUCUGGCUCUGAUUGGCCGGCAGAGGUGACCCCCUCCCCUCUUCGUACAGGACGCCACAACCUUUGACCCUUCUGUCUCUCAUCCCUCCAUCCAAUCCCAUCAUCCCCCACCAUUAAGCCCCACCCCUAACUACCAAAGAUGAGGUCAGAGCUGCAGAGAGACUUCCUGCCAACACUAAAGGUCAAAAGAUCACCGUGAGAAGGGACGACCAGAACCACACCGAAUCUGCACACGCACAGUUUAAACAAAUUUAAAAAAGACAUCAUGUACAGUACAGGCCAAAAGUUUGGACACACCUUC